AUGGAAAGACCACCUGUGGAAUUUAUUGUUCCAAAAUACUUUGAACACCCACCUAGGUCUAGUGUUACGGUUGAUCGAUUUCUUCGAAUAAGUAAACCAAAUGUAUUAAAGACAUAUGAAGAAUAUUCAAUAGGAAAACUAAGCCAUCCAUUAGAUUUACCAUUUGUUGUUAAAAUUCAUUUACCAAAAGAAUUAAUAACACAAAUAGGAAAUACUUAUGUUGAAAUUUCUAUUGAUAAAAAUGCUACUAUUGACGAUUUAUUAAAACAAUUUUUUGAUAAGUUUGGUACUGGAAUUAUUGCUUUUAGGAAUGUACUGUUAGAAAAGAAUUAUGCAGGAUUAGUAUUAUUAUCAUCUCUUUGUGAUGGUGAUGAAUUAGUAGAUUCAAUUUUUCAAUUUAUUAGAAUUCAUAGUAUUGAAGCAGAUUAUCUUAGUGCAUUUGUCUCAACACAUGGAGUUCAAUCAAGACUAUUGGAAGGAUUAUUAGAAAAUUGGAUGUUUGAAAAAGAAAAAUUGUUUUUGGAUACAUUUUUCUUCCCAAUUAAAAUGAGAGUUCAAAAUGGAUUAUUUGAAAUUGAUGCAAAUAAAAUUUCACCAUCAGAAAAUAGAGACCAAAAUAUUGGAUAUAUUUGUAAUUUAAUAAAACAACUUAGAAAUACAUUAUCUACUGCCCUUCAAAAACUUACUGGUGAAACAGUUUAUAUUUUCUACACAUUAAAUAAGAAAUUAACAUUAAACCAUUUAAAUUCAGAUCAAUAUGCGUUAUCCAAAUUAUUCUUUAGAAUUACAUUAAACCUUUUAUCAAAUGAAAAAUAUCCAAGAACUAAUGCUGAUUGGAAAUUUUCUACAAAUUCUUCUCAAACAACACGAUUAACAUCAAUUUUAUUUGAAAUUUUUAAUAUAUUUUUAAAAGAUGUUGAUGAUAAUUCACUUCCAGAUGUUGUGAAACAAACAUUUAAUAAAGAAAUAGAAGUAAUGACAGAAAUUGUUCAAUCAUUUUUUAAAAAUUUAAGACCAAUGAUAAGAAACAUAAUGAAAGGAGAAAUGAAUGAAAGUAUUGAAAGAACAGUAUUAGAUAAAUUAUUACGUUCUACAAAAGAAAUAUUUAAAAAUCCUAUUAAUUGUCCUGAAUUUAAUAGAGAAUAUCCAAAUGUUUCAAUUGAAUUAUUAAAAAAACAAGCAAUGGAUAUUCAAAAUGUUUCCAGUAAUUAUCAUCUUAGAGUACCAAAUUCAAUGUAUUAUAUUAAAGUUUCACAAGUUCAAAUGACUCCUAUUGGAGAAUGGGAAUAUGUUCGUCAACGAUUAAGAGAGUUUAAGUCAAUAGAAUUUGAAUGUGUAGAUACACAAUUAUUUGAACGAGAUAAAAUAGUAUUAUUUGAUAUUUCAACAAUUAUUGAUGGACCAAUGAAAUGGGAUUGUACAAAUCCACAAGAAUUUUAUUUUAGAAGAUGUUCAUAUCACAGUGCAAAGGAUAUGAAUAUUCCAUUUAUUCCAAUUUCAUCAGCAAUAACAGCAAUACCAUAUCCAAAAUCAUUUCCAGAAACUUUUUUUAUUAAAUUACAAAUUUCUACUGCUGUAAGAGAUUUUUGUCAAUUAGAUAAACAAAGUAAUACACUUCAAGUAAAUUAUUUAUUUAAACCAUCAAUGAUAAUAGAUAAAUAUCUUCGUUCAAUUCAGAAAGUUAGAACUGACUUUGAAGUAAACAAUAAUAUAUUCUAUCUUAAAACACUUGGAUUUGAUGAAUAUAUGUUUGAUGAUGUUCCAAUUGGAGACUAUCAAUAUAUUAGAGAAAUGUUAAGAAUGUCUAAACCAAUUAGGCUAAUGUUAGUUCUUGAAGCAGGUGAAUUUGAAAAAAAAUUACAAGUUCGACAACGAAGUGAAGAGUUAGAAAAGAAUUGGGAAUUUCAACCAUUACCAAUUGAGUUACCAAAUAUGGAUAUUAUAUUACCUCACUGUGUAAUGAGAAAAAAAUUAGGUAUUUAUGUUCAAAAUAUUGAAAUGACUGAUCAAAUUUUUACUACUAACUCAUUAUAUGUUGUAUUACUUGAAAUAUGUUUUGGUGGAGAAGUUAUGUGGAGUUCACGUUCUUCAGUAGUUUCAAAUAUUUCUAAUGAAAAAAAUAAAUUUAACAAUUUAAAUUUAAAUCAAUGGAUUAUUUUUGAUUCAUGCCGAAUAUGUGAUAUUCCUAAAGAAGCUAUGCUUGUAUUUAAGGUUAUUGAAGUAGAUAAAGAAGUUAAAAUUAAAAAAAAUAAUAUAUACAAAGGAGAAUGUAGAAAUUGUCAUUUAUCAUUAUACUCUACUAAAGGAAAAGGAUUUAAUAUGUUUUGUAGUUGUGGAAUGGAUUUAUCUCCAAAUAGUAUUAGUAGUGAAAAUAAUACAACUACAAUUAUUGGAUGGACUGAUAUUUAUUUAUUUGACUAUCGUAAAUUAAUGAUUUCUGGAAAUUAUUCACAAGCAAUUAUGUUACCUCCUGUUAUUCCUAUUGGUAUUCCUGUGACGGAAUUUGGUAAUCUAAAUCAACUUAAUGGAAAAAUUCAAUUUAAACUCCCAAUUGGACCAACAAUACAAUUCGAUAAUUCAACUAUUGAUAUUACAAUGGAAUUAAAUAAAAAAUGUGAAUUAAAUGAAGAAGAACAAAAAAGAAUUAAUACUCUAAUUGUAACAACAAAUUUAUUAAAAGAAAUAGAAAAUGAAGAUAAGGAAUUAAUAUGGAGAGGAAGACAAUUUAUUCUUAAUGAAGAAACUCUUCAUCUUCAUCCAAGUAGCAUUGUUUUAUUAUGUCAAAGUGUUCCAUGGAACAAACCAAAAGAAGUAAAAGUAUUUGAACAACUCAUUCAAAAAUGGCCAAAAGUAAGUCAUAUCAUUGCAUUAAGAUUACUUCAUUUCUCAUUUGCAAAUAGUUUUAUUCGACAAUACGCUGUUAAUUGUUUAGUUGAAUGUAAUGAUGAACAUCUCUCAACAAUUAUGAUGCAACUAAUUCAGUCUUUAAAAUUUGAAGCAACACCAUUGUCUGAUCUUGCAAUCUUCUUAAUUCAUAGAGCACUCAAUAAACGUUCUACAAUUGGUCGUAUAUUCUUUUGGUUAAUCAAAAGUGAAUUACAUAUCCCUGAAACACAAAGAAGGUUUGCAUUACUUCUUGAAGCUUUUUUGAUGGUAUGUGGUGCUCAAAGAACAGUAAUUAAAAACCAACUUGAUUUAUGUAAAAAAUUAACGUCAUUAUAUACCCAACAAAAUCAAACAUGGAAAACUGAUAUAAACCAACUCACAAAAGAAUUGAAUAACAUCAUAUUACCUCAAAUUACCUAUGUUCCAUUUAAAUCUUCGUUAAAGUUUACUAAAAUAGUUGCUGAAAAUUGUAAAGUUUUGGAUUCGUUAAGAAAACCAUUAUUUUUAACAUUUAAAAAUGAAGAUCCAGAAGGUGAUCCAAUUUAUAUUAUAUUUAAAAAAGAUGAUGACCUUCGUCAAGAUAUGUUUGCAUUAAAAGUCUUAGAAGUUAUGAAUCAAAUGUGGCAAAAUGAAGGAUAUGAUAUGAGAUUAACAUGUUAUGAAUGUCUUGCAAUGGGUAAUGCAGUUGGAAUGAUUGAAGUUGUAUUACGUUCCGAGACAAUUGCUGCUAUUCAAAAGAAAAUGUAUGGAGGGAAUGUUUCUGCUGCCUUUCAAGAAGAUCCAUUAUAUAAGUGGUUAAAAGACAAAAAUACAAGUGAUGAUGAAUUUUUAAAUGCACAACAAAAUUUUAUUUAUUCAUGUGCAGGAUAUUGUGUUGCUACUUAUGUUCUUGGUGUAGGAGAUAGACAUAAUGAUAAUAUUCUUCUUACACCAACAGGACAUCUUGUUCAUAUUGACUUUGGUCAUAUUUUAGGGAAUGUUGAAAAAUUUAAGGGAUUUAAACGAGAGACAGCUCCAUUUGUUCUUACUAAAGAAUUUGUAUAUGUUAUGGGAGGUAAAAACUCAGAAGGAUUUAGAUUAUUUGUGAAUUUAUGUUGUGAUACAUUCUUAAUUUUACGAAAGAAUUAUCAUGGCUUAGUUAACUUAUUUACUAUGAUGCUUUCAACUGGAUUACCUGAAUUAAGAAGAACAGAAGAUAUGGUUUAUUUGUUGAAUAGUCUUGUACUUGAUAUGAAUGAAGUUGACGCACGUGCAUAUUUUGAAAAGUUAAUUAAUGUAGCACUUGAAGCUGUUAUGACACGAGUAAAUAAUGCUAUUCAUAUCUUUGCACAUCCCGACGUUAAAGAAGAUGUUUAA